CCGGGCUGUUUUGUUAGCGAAAGGGGGCGUCGAUUACAGUAAAUCCUAAUGUAAUGCAGCUGUUAGGAUAGCCUGCAUAAUGCCAUUGAAUACCUUAUUUUUUAUCUUUCUUUGGAGCAGUUUUGCUUCAAAAUGAUAUGAUCUAAUCGCGGAAACAAUGCCACUAGACCAACAGGAACUCGAGCUAACAUUGGCGCUGUCACUGCUCCUAUCCCGCAUUGACAGCUGGGUUACGCGGAGGCUCGUCGGUCGUAUGCUUUGUGUGAUGCGGGAAGCUGCUGAACGUUUUGUUGUGGAAUGAAAUCGACAUUGUGAUAAAGUCUUUGUUCAUCUUUUCAUUCAAAACGGAGUUUGAAAUUCGGCAAGGAGAGAUGAAGAAUCUACUCCCUGGGAUAGUCCUGACGUUUUUGAUAUUUUUAGAGUGCAUAGAGGCCAAAAAGUACUGCUGGUAUUUUGAAGGCGGAUACCCCAUCUACUUUAUAUGCCGCUCGUACGAGGACUGUUGUGGGACCCGAUGCUGUGUCCGAGCCCUCUCCAUCCAGCGGCUAUGGUACUUCUGGUUGAUGCUGAUGAUGGGGGUGCUAUUCUGCUGCGGAGCGGGCUUCUUCUUCCGCAGGUGCAUGCACCCCUCGCCCCUCAGCGACGAGCAUGCCUUCAACGUCUCCUUCACCAGGCAGCCUGUAUCCACGCCAGUAUCCCAGCAGCCUGGCAUGGUAGGCUAUGGCGACCCCGGCGGCGUCAUGACUUCCCCCCUCACCCCCGUCUACCCCAUCCAGCCCGGCCCCGCCCAUAUGAUGAACGACUACCCUCCACCACCCUCGUACUGCAACCACCCACCCCCGCCUUAUGAACAGAUUUUCCGGACACCAGAGAAGAAGUAAGUCUCAGUAGCGUUUCCCUCCGUUCCUUCUCCUUCGCUGUGACAUCACCAGCAGAACGGACAAGGACAUGAGGGGACAGCCACAGUGUCUGUCCACUGUUAUACCGUCAGCCCAAGUGCUCACCCAGGUCACAGGGACAAGAAACUGAGAACCACCUAGAGGAACAAACUGUCCUUCCUGAGGACCUGGAUACAGACCGGCUCAAUAUGUCUCCAUGGUUUAUAUUUUCAAAAUCAUUCAUUCUUUCUAAUUUACACAAAAGCAUAUAUAUAUAUAUAUAUAUAUAUAUAUAUAUAUAUAUAUAUAUAUAUAUAUACACACACCCGUCUUUUUCUGCUGACAGUGCCAUCUUGAUGAGCAUGGUCUGUGACUGAUCUGUAGUGAGGCACUCGGACUCCUGUAAAUGACACAACUGAGGAAUUUCAAUGGAGAAUGCUGACCCAAGAUCAGCACAUUGCUUCUAGAUGAACAGAUUAAUGUUAGCAUUAUGGUAGAGUAAGCUGACCUAGGACCAGGGCAUAAGAACAGACACUGUCUAAAACUGUACACGAGUGACAGCAAAUUGGAGUUGAAAGCCACCUUGGAGAAGUUACUACACAAGGUGUUUUAAAUAGCUGAAAGGGGUAAAGACUCUGUUAGGAUGCGUCCACACUAAUUGGGCUGCUUGUCUCGUCCUGAAUCCUGUGACUAUAAACACUCCGGGCAGGAAGUCUGAUCGCUGUGAAGGAGGGGAAACGGAUCUGGAUUUAUCAGACCUAUUAUGUGCGUUGGGGAGAGCGGUAAUUUGGAGAGGCAGAUUUUUUUUUUUAAUUUUUUUUUUAAUUCACACUAUGUAUUCCUACUGUGCUGACUGUGGCGAUUCAUCCCUCUGGAUCGGGACAACAAACUGCCACAAACUGGCAAGAAAUCCACUCAACCAGACGGACUCCAAAUUGAGACCAAGUCAUGUGGUUGUCCAUUGUGACAAUUUCAGUCAGUUUUUUGGAACUAUCACCACAGAGGUUCAGUAAUGGUUUUUCAGAGAUCUGGACUUCAGUUUGUAUAGUAAGGAGCUCGACCAGAAUGAGGAUUAACUCAGAUCAAUGCGUUUGUUCCAGACACGCAUGCAUGCAGGUUGCAACUGGAUCACUUUUCACCGAGGAGCUCAAGGACUUUGUUUGCUGUACCUUCGAAGUAUUCACGUCCCUUAUCUUUUUCCACAUGUAGUUGUUACAAAGUGCGAUUUAAAAUGUUUUUUGUUGUCGUUGUUUUUGUCAACGAUCUACACAAAAUACUUGAAUGUCAAAGUGUGGGAAAUAUCCUACAGCCACCACUAGGCUUGAUAAUAUGGAGAGUGGUACUCAGUAAUGCAUUGGAUUGGAUUUGCCCCAAACAUGACACUUUGUUGUCAGGACAAAAUGUUCAAGGCUUUGCCACAUUUUUUGCUGUAUUAUUUUAUUUAUUUUAGUGCCUUGUUGCAAACAGGAUGCAUGUUUUGGAAUAUUUUUUUUUCUAUACAGGCUUCCUUCUUUUCACUCUGUCAUU